CUCACACUCACACUGUUUACUCUUGAAAACAAUCAUCAACAACAAGAACAGAACCACCAUCACACCUCGACUCUCAAAAGUCUCAAUUUAUUCUCAAAAAAAAAAAAACUUAAGAAGUUCGCGUAAUCGGGAGUUUUUCCUACUUGGUCUUCUCUCUGUCUCUCAAUACGCCAACCCUCCUAACCCGCAGCACGCGGCGGGCCACUUGUUCCUUUUUCUUAACUUCAUCUGUUGCUGUUUCCCGCCCAACUUUGUUUUCCCUCACUUUUUCAAAGAGAACUCAAUAUUGUAAAUUAAAUAUUUUCAGUUGUAAAUUUUUUUAUUUUGAUUUGUGGCGUUUUGAAGACGAAGACGAGCACACGCGUCUAGUCCAAGAAUUGAAUCUAACGACAAUCAACCAUAGUAAUAGUAAUAUUAAACUAGCUACGUAAGUCCUUAUUAAUAGUCAAGUUUAUUCCGUAGAAUUAAGUUAUUAAGUUAAGUGAGACGCGCGCUUUUGUAAAUUACAUCUUAAGUUGGUUGACCUCCGUCCGCAUCGGUCAAAGCCGCGUCUUGUGUAAUGUUAAAUUCUCCUCGACACUAAGAGUCAAUACCAUUUAGCAGACAAUCGCUCUUAUAUAUCAGGACAAUCUUCACUCAAGGUUGUGCCAUUGUAAGUAGUCAUUUAAAAAAAUAAAUAAAACAUAUCCUAUAUAAAUAAUUAUAAAAAAAAAUUAAUUAGUAAGAAUCUUAAGACAAUCAAAACACAAUCAUUUCGCCGGUGAACUGCUCGGAACUCGGCACCACGACGUAUUUUUUCAACGCACCAAGUCAAUAUCCCUAUCUUGUACCCCUUUGCCCUGUACUUCCUCCUACUGCUGACUGUUACAAUCCUUCCGUAACACCUGCCGCCGCCACCCCCGCGCCUACCUGCGGCUGUAGUCAAUGUGCCCCAGGUGCCAAUUUUAACGUGGCACCAUCCACUUUGAUCGUUAACCGGUACACGGAGAUCAACUACUACGAGAAUCAGCAGCACCAGUUGCAUCAGCAGUUGCAACAGGCGGUCCAUCAUCAUCAGCAUCAUCAUCAGGUGCAUCAGGUUGUGGUGCCCGAGAAGUUUUGUGCUGCUUUCGAUAUGAGAGGAAGCGACGAGCUGCUUUCACAGUCAAACGUAUCCGUUAUGGCUCCAUCAGCUCCACACGCUGACAACAAUAACCAAGAAAACGCCAAAAAGGUGAAAUUGGAACAAAAUGUUGGAAAACCAUCCCGAGUAAUCCACAUCAGAAACAUACCCUCAGAUGUAAGCGAGGCCGAAAUAAUCCAUCUGGGCCUUCCCUUUGGUCGUGUGACCAACGUUUUAGUCCUUAAAGGGAAGAACCAGGCGUUCCUGGAGAUGGGGGACGAAGCAGCGGCUACCAGCAUGGUGUCAUAUUUCGGUGGGUCAGUGGCCCAGUUACGCGGCAGGUCCGUCUACGUCCAAUAUUCAAACCACAAAGAGCUGAAGACUGACCAAACACAUUCGAAUGCGAAUGCUUCGGCUCAAGCUGCACUCCAGGCUGCACAGGUGCACGCGUUAUCCAAUAACGCAGUUACGCCAGCUACAACUCCCACUACUCCAGUGACCAAUGGACAAGAGAUCCAGGGCGGACCAAACACGGUACUCAGGGUCAUUGUGGAGCACAUGAUGUUCCCUAUAACUCUGGACGUUUUGUAUUUGAUUUUCCAUCGUUACGGAAGGGUUCUUAAAAUAGUGACUUUUACAAAGAAUAAUUCAUUCCAAGCCCUGAUCCAGUAUCCAGACAAGGAGUCGGCGCAGGCGGCCAAACAGGCUCUGGACGGUCAGAACGUGUACAAUAGCUGCUGCACUUUGCGCAUCGACUAUUCCAAGAUGGCCUCUUUGAACGUUAAAUAUAACAAUGACAAAUCGCGUGAUUUUACAAACCCCAGUCUACCCACCGGUGACGGUACUGACAAUCAAUUAGCUUUAGCAGGAGGUUUGGCAGGAGGACUGGGUGCUGACAUUUUAUUGUUGGCCGCUCAGCCGAGGUUGGCCAGAGAACGAUUAGCAGAUUCGAUCCUGGCCGGUGCCCCGGUACUAAAUGGACCGUUUGUUCACGGAGUGGGUUCCCCUCUAGCGGCGACCUACGGAGGGGCCGUAGCCGGAGCCCUACCAGGCCUAAGCGGUUUUGCCGCUUUGGGGCAAACCGCCCCCGGUCUAAGAGCCUUGGCCACCCCUGGACUGUCUUUGGCCACGGUCUUGUUGGUCAGCAACUUAAACGAGGAGAUGGUCACGCCUGACGCUCUCUUUACACUAUUUGGGGUGUACGGUGACGUGCAGCGGGUAAAAAUCUUGUACAACAAAAAAGACUCCGCUCUGGUGCAACUGGCCGAGCCACAUCAGGCACAUUUGGCGAUCACUCACAUGGACAAACUGAAAGUAUUCGGCAAACAUAUCAGGGUGAUGCUGAGCAAACAUCAGACUGUCCAGAUGCCUAAAGAGGGACAACCAGAUGCCGGAUUAACCAAGGAUUACACGCAGAGUCCUUUGCACAGAUUUAAGAAGCCAGGCUCCAAGAACUAUCAGAAUAUCUACCCGCCGUCCGCGACUUUGCAUCUGAGCAAUAUCCCCGCCACCAUCAAUGAAGAGGAUAUCAAAAAGGCCUUUUUGGAUAACGGGUUUACCGUUAAGGCCUUCAAAUUUUUCCCAAAAGACAAAAAAAUGGCCCUGAUUCAACUGCCGACCAUGGAAGAGGCAGUAAUAGCCCUGAUAAAAAUGCACAACUAUCAACUGUCAGAGUCGAACCAUCUGAGGGUCUCGUUCUCAAAAUCGAGUAUAUAAUGGCCCUUUGGGGAUGUUCCGAUUCGCGCACAACAGUAUUCAUUCCAUUAUUAGCCGACAGGAGGGCAGCUAAACAACCUUUAGGGCCCCAAUUAUUCAACAAAUUGUCGAUAAACAAAAAAGAAAAAAAACGUUAAACCCCGUCGCAAAUAUUUUUUGUUUGUUAUAUAGACUGUUUUUUGAGAAAUCGUCGUUCUUUAUAAACGAUUGGGUUUUUUUCGAACUGCUAAUGGCACUCGCAAUAGAGAAUUUUGGAAAAAUCAUUUGUUAUUGCUGUAGUGAAAAAAUUGUAAAUAUUGAAAAAGUAGGCACUUUUCGGUUCCAUUGGCAGUUCUUUUUUUUAAUAAUAAUUAUUAUUAUGGAUAAUUUAAAAUUUUAGGUUUAUGACAUAUUUAAUAUUAAUGCAAUAAUAUAUUUUCUUAUUAUUA